UAUGUUCAAUAAUAUCGUUAUCAAACACUCACGAAUUGAAAAUGAUAAGACAAAAUUUACUAAAAGUUCAAAACGUUGCUCUAGUAAAAAAAUUCUACACUAGCAUGACAGGUCCCAUUGAAUCGGCAAUUCGUGAAACCCUUUCGGAGAAUCUGUCCCCAGUUCAUCUGGAAAUCAUUAACGAAUCUUACAUGCACAAUGUUCCCAAAGGCUCCGAAUCACAUUUUAAAGUCUUGGUGGUAUCGGACAAGUUCAAUGAUCUUCCACUCAUUAAGCGACAUCGAUUGGUAAAUGAACUUGUCAAAACCAAACUCGAGGGAAACUUUGUCCAUGCUCUGUCAAUCGAAGCAAAGACUCCCAAACAAUGGGAUCCCUCCUAUGAAGUUGAACCAAGUCCCAAUUGCCGGGGUGGUUUUGGAAAAUAAAUAAAGACAUAUUUUUAAAACAAACAUAAAA